ACAGAUUUACUAGUGCCAACAAAUCAGUCUUCCACUUCGCACCUUCAUAUUAGCCUAGCGACAAGCCUCUUGUAAAUCAGCCGUUCCACAGUUUAUAUUUCAGGACUGAAGCGCCUACCAAGUUUCCGUUAUAUAAAUUAGAUUUCUAAUAAUCCUUCCAAUCAUACUAAGUCGUGGCCCUUUAUUGUUCUAGCAAAUCUCCGUCUUUUUACUUGCCGCUCCUAUUCACCUCAACUCGCUCUGCUCACCAUGCCGCAACAGUCCGUUCUCAUCACUGGAUGCAGUGACGAUGGCAUUGGCUAUGGACUCGCGCUUACCUUCCAACAACGGGGCUACCUCGUCUUUGCCACCACUCGUGAUGCCAAGAAGAUGUCCAAGCUGCAAGACCUCCCGAACGUCACCCUCUUGGCGCUGGAUGUGACGGAGCCUAGCCAGAUUGCUGCAGCUGCCAAGGUGGUCAGCAAUCAGACAGGGGGUACUUUGGAUUAUCUUAUCAACAAUGCGGGUCGCAACCAUUUCAUGCCUAUCCUGGAUGAAGACCUGAACGCUACCCGUGCUAUUUUCGAGACUAAUGUUUGGGGGCCAGUGGCAGUCACUCAGGCUUUUGCACCAUUGCUCAUCAAGGCUAAGGGCAAUAUCGUCUUCAUAACUUCUAUUUCAGGCUAUGUUAAUGUCCCGUGGAUGGGAAGCUACGCCGCCUCUAAACGCUCCAUCGAGAUCAUUGCCGAGACCCUUCGUCUGGAACUCGGACCUUUCAAUGUUGGCGUCUUGUCCAUUGUGACGGGAGCUGUGAAAACGCAGGGUCAAACUUAUUUUGGAGACUUCAAGUUGCCCUCCGACUCAUUGUACCACUCCAUCGAGGACACUAUUGCGGCUCGGGCGCAAGGCAAUGAUGGUACGACCCGAAUGAACUUGAUGACCUAUUGUGAUCAAGUCGUUACCAAGAUUACCAAGGGCGCCACCGGUAAGUUUUGGUGUGGUGAUAGUGCUGGUGCUGUCAAAUUUGGCUCCAGCUAUCUACCCACAUCUAUCAUGGACAGAGGCCUCGUCAAGGGUACUGGGCUGGAUAAGAUGUAACAAGUAACUGUAUCUUCGAGGUACCAUACAGAAAUCCACUGGCUCGUCUUUGGGCCACAUAAUUCGAUUUAAUCUCUAAUUGAUUGAGAAACCGGUGUGAGAUCAUGUAAUAAUAUCUGGAUUCUUGUUUUAUCAAGGAGUAUCAUCGCCUCGGGUACACCGAUAACUUCUUGAACGUGCCUCAUAGUGGGGGUUUUAGAUAUCCAAAUCUGGG